GCAUUUUUGUUGUUUAUUUGGAUUUUUAGAAUACGCUCUAAUUGAAAUUUGAAAACAAAAUCCGUCCCAAAAAUUCGAAUUAAAAAGAUAAAUAAGUUAAAACAUUAACAAAAAUGCCAAAUAAUGGUUUUGAGGAAUGGGGAGGCUAUAUGGAUGCCAAAAUUACGAAAUUGGAGGAACAAUUCGCGGCUGCCAGUGAUCCAUUUCGUGUGACGAAUCUCUUUGCUGGAAUUUCGAUCUUUGUCAAUGGUCAUACGAAUCCCUCGUCGGAUGAAUUAAAGAGAAUAAUGAUGGUGCACGGAGGCACCUAUCAUACAUACCAACGGUCGCACACAACCUACAUCAUUGCCUCGAAUCUUCCCGAUGUAAAGAUCCGAAAUAUGGACACAUCGAAGAUUAUAAGUGCUCAAUGGGUUGUGGAUUGUUUGAAGGAGCAGAAAAUUGUAGACUACACCAAAUAUUUGCUCUACAACAAUCAGAACAGAGCACAACCAAAGAUAUCCUUUGGUGCUGUUUCAAAGCCUAAAGAAGUCAAGGAGAAGGUGGAAACAGCUGAAUCUGAGGAAAGUGAAGUUUCUAGUAUACUCAAGGAUCUUGAAAAUCUAAAUGCAAAGAUGAAGCAACAACCUGUUGAACCAAAAACGGUCAAGCCUGACACAUCGAUUGCCUCGACUUCCCGCGGUGUGGCAAUGACUGCUGUGGAUCCAAAGUUUCUCUCUGAGUUUUACAAUAACUCCAGACUCCAUCAUAUAGCCACGUUGGGAGCAGGUUUUAAGCAAUAUGUAUCCGAUCUCCGUGAGGCUCACUCGGGGCUCUUUCCAGACCGAAAAGAACUAUCGGAAAAUCUCCAUCGAUUGGAGAACUUCAUGAAAAGGGGACAAAUAAUCAUGCACAUCGAUAUGGAUUGCUUCUUUGUAUCGGUUGGCCUCCGUUCCCAUCCACACCUGCGAGGUCAACCCAUUGCAGUGACACAUUCCAAAGGAGGAGGUGGUGACGUGCCUGUCCAUCCAGGUGCCGAUCGAAAAGUCGAAAUGGAUCUGUUCACGAAGAAAUUCGAAAACCAGCUUCACAACAACAUCCUCUCGGAUAAGGUGCGUGGGGCUUUCGAAGGCAAACAGUCGCUGUCUGAGAUCGCCUCGUGCAGCUAUGAAGCCCGAGAGAAGGGCAUCCGCAACGGUAUGUUUGUGGGUCACGCUUUGAAGCUUUGUCCAAACCUGAAAACGAUUCCUUACGAUUUCGAGGGGUACAAAGAAGUUGCGUACACUUUGUACAACACCAUCGCCAAGUACACUCUGGACAUCGAGGCUGUCAGUUGCGAUGAGAUGUUUGUCAACCUAACUGACCUCAUCAAUGAGCUUCAAGUGGAUCCUAUGGAUUUUGUAACCUAUGUUAGGCAGGAGGUGCGUGAUAAGACGUCAUGUCCCUGUUCGGCAGGGGUUGGAGAAAAUAAACUCCAGGCACGAAUGGCAACCAAGAAGGCUAAGCCCGAUGGUCAGUUCUUCCUUGGCUCCGAUAAGGUCGAAGAGUACAUGUCGAAUAUUCCUAUAAGGGACCUCCCAGGUGUCGGCAGCAGCACCAUGUACACAUUGAAGGAGAUGCACUUGGUUACGUGCGGAGAUCUUCAAAUGGUUUCACUCGCAAAACUUCAGACAGCAGUUGGCAAAAAGUUUGGCGAAACUCUACACCAAUUCUGUCGGGGGAUCGACCCUCGUCCUUUGGUUUAUGGUCAGGUUAGGAAGUCAGUUUCGGCUGAAGUGAACUAUGGCAUCCGGUUCAAGACACAAACCGAGCUCGAGACGUUUUUGCUGCAGCUCUGCACGGAGGUUCACAGUCGCCUUACCAAUAUCAAGCGCAAAGGCAAAUGUAUAACCUUGAAAAUGAUGGUACGAGCCAAGGAAGCACCUGUGGAGACCUCCAAGUUUAUGGGCCAUGGAGUUUGUGAUAACCUCACAAAAGCUGUGUCACUUUCAGAUUACACCUGUGAUCUCGAGGUCAUAACACGGACAGUUCUUGCCACAACAAAGGCCUUGAAUGUUCCUCCCCAUGAGCUCAGAGGAAUUGGUAUCCAAAUUAACAAACUGGAUGAGCCAAACGAGCCCAAGGAAAAGAAAGAGAAUGUCAUAAAGAACAUGUUCAGCAAGGUGGCUGAAAAACAAUUGGAAAAGCCACGAAAGGAUCCAGAAACCACCGUCGCUGUCGCGAAACUAGAUGAAAAGCAAACGAAAGUACCUGAAUGUAGUGUCAAUGAGAAGAAGUCAACUGGAGCAGUUCCGAAGGGUAAAUCCAAAGGUCGUCCUCGUAAAAAGCCUGCCAAGAUGCCCGAUGUCAUGGGAAUGUUGAAAAAUGCAGCUACAACUUCUAAACGAGCUGCUCAAUCGGCAUCGGAUCUUCCCGACGAUAUUGAUCCCACAGUAUUCGCCGAGUUACCUGAUGACAUUCGCAAUGAAAUCCUGCGUGAUCAUGCUCGGAAACAGACCAGAGUAGCUAAGGAACAGACAUCACCAAAAAAGAAGUGUCAAGCAAAUACCUCUCGAAAAAUGGAAGAAGAAUUUCUCAAGGCAAUGCCACCAGAGCUUCAAAAGGAAGUUGGAAUGCAAUUGGGGAAAUCGUUUGCCUCCACAGACCAACAGAAACCAUCUACUUCAGCUGCCGUUCUAAUUUCCCCUGAAAACAUCUUCGAUCAGGCGGAAACAAUUCAGUUGCUUCUUGAGUGGGUGAAGAGCUCAUCGGUACCAGACAACUAUGACAUCGAAUUGAUAUGUGAACACGCUGCGGAAUUUAUUCGAGCCAAGAAGAUUCACGAUCUCUAUGAUCCUUUGAUGUACCUGUGCAGAAUAAUUAAUCGCUUUGGAAGCUGCGAUUGGCAUACGGCUUACAAUGCCAUCAUAGACGCUAUCCAAAAUCAAAUGCGCUUGAUCUAUGGUCAUAAAUUGUAUCUAAGCGGCACCAUUGAAUGCAACGAGUGUUGGACACUUUCAAAUCUGUGAUUUUUUAAUUUUAAUAAAAUUUAGUUUUUUUUUG